UAGCCGUCGGAUGGGUAUAAUGGCAAGGAUCACGUGGGCCUCCACGUUACGCCAAACGUGAUCUCCCGGCUCAUGUGCACACAAACAAACAAUCCGCGAAGCACGUCCGCCGCCGCCCCCGCCCGGGGGCGGCCCGGAGCCGCGCUGCGACUCCGGGCGGCGGCGAUGUGGCCGCAGUCACGUAGUGACGGAGGCAUCGCACCGCUUCGCCUUGUCGCGGAUUAGACGCUCUGCUCACGUGUACUCUAGCGUGUUCGCCGAGUGGAUUCAGUGGCCGAGGAGUAGAUGAAAGCGAAGCGCGACCGCGAGCGUAACAAGUUUCCGUGAGCCGAUAUUAUCGUGUGAUGUGGUAAGCCCUUACAGCCCUUGGUCGGAAAAUGGACAUGACGCACGCCUACUGGGACGAGAACUCGGCCAACCUGCAGCGGGUCAAGUUCGAGGGAUGCAAUUCCAAUGAUGAAUUGGGCAGACCGAAAGACGAACGAGGUGUUUACCAAUGCUGUGACACAAACUUGAAUUUCUCGACGGCCACCUGCAGCGAGGACGACUCCGAAUACGGACCGUACAAAAAGAACAAAGUAACCAGGCAAGACCCAAUGUCACAUCGAAUAAUCGAGAAGCGGCGCCGAGACCGAAUGAACAACUGUCUUGCCGACCUGUCCCGCCUCAUCCCCACGGAAUACCUCAAGAAGGGCCGAGGCAGGAUCGAGAAGACCGAGAUCAUCGAGAUGGCAAUAAAACACAUGAAGUACCUCCAGCAGGAGCACGGCAGUCCGUCCGAGCACUACCGAAUGGGGUACCAGGAGUGCAUGUCGGAGACCAUGCGGUUUAUGGUGGAGGUCGAAGGGCAUUUUCCUCGAGAAGGACUCUGUGUGCGCAUCCUCAACCACUUACAGAAGCACUGCGAGAGCUUGUCGAGGAUGUCGCAUCAGUCUCCUGCCACCCCCAGCCAACCUGCAGUCGAGCACAGGAAUUUGCAAGAAGUGGCGGGGAACCUGCAGGUGCAGGGGUCUGAUUAUCAGGCGCCUAAAACUGAGCCAAAUAACAAUAAUGGUUCGUUCACAGUUAGACUGAAUGAUGUGGAAAGCUAUGACAAACAUCCUGAGUGUAAUGGGAAUGGGGUUUCCUAUAAAUACAAGACCAACAUUAAGAUGAGGUUCAGUCAGGAUGUGAACGAGGGGAUUAAGCGGCAGAAAGUGGAGAAUGGACGCAGGGAGUCGGUCACCAGCGUGGAAAACCAAAGUUCAAGCCGCAGCUCUCCCCCCAGCAGCGAACUCCUGACCAGAAUCUCAGAGCACGAGAAUUCGCGAAUUUCUCCGACCGAAAGCAACUCCUCGUUAAACCAAAUGAAGAUCGAGUCCAUCCCCCGCAACGAGCUGCGCCCCUAUUCCCCCAUCACCCGGAGUUCGCUGGACAAAGGGAACUUCAACGUCCCUAUAUUCGUUUUGCACGCAAAAGGGUCCUACUAUAUCCCGCUAACCAUGGACUAUAAGUCGCUGUUGCCGCACCUGCGCAACUACGACCUAGUGGACGUGCCUGGUGCGCACAACGUCGUUCUGCAUCCAGUGACCAUCAACGUCAAUUUUCAACCCAAUUACGUUAAUGGGAAAUACAAGUCGGAAUAUAAUAACAACUGGAAUUGAAUCGGUGAUUUGUCGACGAGGUUUUAUAAGGCUGUGAAGGUCAGGAAAAUUUUUAAGACUGAUAUAAAAUUUAUAUAGUCUAAAAAUUAGGGGAGUCGUUAUUUUUAGAUUUUACAUUUGUAAGUUGGUAGUUGCAGCGACGCGACAAGUGCAAUAGCAACCUUCAAAAACGAACAGUAUUGUGUUGAAGGUAGUUUCAAACAGUAUUCACGGUUGGUAUUACUGUUGGAAAGCUACUACCGAGUUUGCAACUGCUGAAAUAAUUUUACCAAUAUGCUACUUGUUAAUUCAUAGUAUUUUAAAAAACGUACUUCUGUGUAACUUUUAUAAUAAUAAAGGACUAUUGUUUAAUAAAA